ACAUUCAACAGUCUGCUGCAUGACUCUCGCUCCCAAGCUGAGCAGCAGCUCUCCGUCUGAUUGGCUGAGAAGAGCUCAAGCUCCGAGUGGAGGCAAAGGAUGCCAGAGUGCUCAGGCAGUGCAUGGAGAGGGAUGCAUGCAGGGGACGUCGGCGACACGGACAGCGCACCGUUAUGUGCUUUUGCAGCGCGUUCAUAAGCAGCUUUGCAACUUUCAAGCACACGUCUGAUGCGCGUCCAGUCCCGUACGGAGCAGCUUAGGUGUGAUGUUUUGGCCGCGUGUUGCACAAGCCCUGCUCCCGCUCAGUUCCACCGCCGCCGACACGUCCUCCCUGGAGUGAUGGGCUCCAAGUUAACCCGACAAAGAAGUCUGGAUUUUGAGAGCAAAUUGACCAAAAGGAGACACCAGCGGAAUGAUCAGCCCAAAGAGGAGGAGAGAAGUGGCGGCAGGAGCGGCGGAGACUUCUUGUUUACAUCCCUGAUGCUCAAGUCCGACAAGCUGCCGGGGAUGCUGCGGAAAACCAACCAGAGCCCGUAUGUCAGACGGGUGGCCUGGGUCCGGGAGAUCCAGAGGAUGCUCCGGGAGCACAAGAUGGAGCAAGCAGGUGAAGUGCUCAAACUACUGAGGAAGGAUUUGGGACUGCAGGGAUCGUCGCUGAACGACAUUUUGUACAAGAACGCAGCUUUUCUCAACCUAGUGGACCCCAUUUCUCACGAGCUGCUGCUCAGUCUCGCCCGGGACCUGCAAUGCCCAAAACGGGAGACUGAGUCACUCAAAUCCACCAACAAGAUCUGCCGCCAGCUGAUUUACCACUUGACCCCUCACUCCAAAUGGUCUAAACAGAGCGUGCCCAGAAGGAAGUCCCAGGCAUGUCUGAAGACCACCCUGAAGAAGCGUCUGUCCGGUGACGUGGUGAACCUGUCGGGAAUCCCGCUGUCCGGACGCGACGUCCACCGCGUGGCCUUCUACCUGCAGACCUGCAGCGAGGCGGUGUCGGCCGUGGACCUGAGCUUCACCGAGCUGCAGGACGACAGCUUGCGUCUGCUGCUGCCCUACCUCAGCUGCCUGCCCAAACUGACCACGCUGGCCGUCAACGGCAACCGCCUCACGGCCGCCAUACUAAAAGACCUGAAGGAGACGGUGAAGGACCCCAGGAAGUUCCCCAGUCUGGCCUGGAUCGACAUGGGCAACAACGUGGACGUCUUCACCGUCCCGCAGCCGCUGCUCGUGGCCCUGCGGCGCCGCUUUGGUUUGCGCAGCAGCCUGCCCACCAUCUACGAGUACAGCGAGGCGCAGGUGUUUGGUAGCUACAACCCAAACAUGGAGACGUCUGUGGAGGAACCCAGUCUGUAUGAGGAGGGGGAUGUAGAGGAAGACGAUAGAGUGGAGGAGGAGGAAGAGGAGGAGGACAGACUGGAGCUUCGAGCCUGGGGCUUCAGAGAGGAAAACAUGUCAAAGAAUGGGCCGCUCCACUUCUGUGGGAGGUGAUCGCCCAGGGCGGCUUUCUUUUAGACUGGCAGCCUCUUGUAUCCUCAAGUCUAGCCUGCUCUGCUGGAGUGGCAGGAGAUGCUGACGUUGACCCACACGCUUCUGAAAAUAACUUUAAAAUGAGUAACCGUGUUGUGUGUCCCUGUGGACGCUCCGAACACUGCAGACAGCUCUGUGCUUUUACAGUCAGUAAGAAUAAAUUUGUACACUGAUUUAAUCUUUAUUUAUCCAGGGAGGUUUAACUGAAUAGGCUUGUUGUUUUCCAGUGCAACAUGACUGUAAGACUGGGAGAUUUCCUGUAAAGACUCUCCCGGUUUUCCAAAACUGUCCACUGGAGCCACUUGGGAAUUAAGUGCCUUAAACACAGGCACAUCAGGAGGAGCUGCUGAAGAAGACAGGAUCAUUACAUGACUUUUUACUUUAUGUAGGGGUAAAGCUGCUAGAAUCAAGGAUAAAUAUAAACCUGACGCUGUAAAUAUAUUACAACAUCUUUCCAAUUAAAAGCCCCUUUAUUUAUUUAUUUCCCCUGUUGCAGAAAACGCAGAAAGAGGGCAAAGGUUGCUUAGAAAUGUACAGUAAUUUCAAUACCUCAAAACAAUGCAUUUUCAUCUGCAGAUAACAAAACUGUAAAAAGAAUAGAAUAGAAUAGAAUAGAAUAGAAUAGAAUAGAAUAGAAUAGAAUAGAAUAGAAUAUGUAGACUUUUGAAAUGAAAUUGGGGAAGACAAUAUAAGAAUUAAGGGGAAAAAAAGGCUGAAGAAAUAAAUACAUUUAAACAUGGAUUUUCUUCAAAAUAAAUACUUAAAAAGUUACCAAAAGAAUCCAUAAGACAAUAAAAACCAGAAGUAAAUAAAAUGCAUAUAAAAAAAUAAGUAGAUAAACUAGGAUAUGUAAAACUGCUACCACAUUUAACCAGCCGUUUAUAUAUUUUUACAAUUUUUUGCCGUCCCAUACUUUACCCUACAUGUGACUCCUCAAAGACAAUAAAGCUCAAAGUCAGCUUUAUUGUCAGUUUGCUGCAUUUGCCAGAUUUGAGAAUUCGAUCCCGAUAAUCACACAAUGCGACACACGAUAAGCAACAUCUGAAGGAAAGCACCAUAGCAACAAACGGCAACAUUAAAACAGCUGAAAUCUAUUCAGUGAGUUUCAAAAAAUUGUCUACAAUGCAUCAGUUGUUUGUUAAAAAAAAUCCCCCCAAAAAAUGAAUAUUUAACUUCUCGUAAUGUUGUGAAACUUUCUGCUGAGCUUCCUGGAGCUUCUUCUGAUUCAACUUGACUUCAUUCCAGAUAGUAACAAAUUAACACAAAGCAAAUCUUCUGAAACAAGAUCACACACUGAUGGUGUUUGGCAGAGACUUUUUGCCAUUGAAUGGAGCGAACUGUCGAUCUGUGACUUCUCUCCCGGCACAGGCCAGAGGAAGGACACCAGAAUAUUUUUGUGUUAUUCGAGGUAGCGAGAAGCAGAGCAAAACUUUUAUCAUUUUGCAUAAUGCUGUGAUCCCUGUUGAUCAGAUCAGGAGAGGCUCGCAAAAGAAACAACAGCGUCAACAAUUAUCAUGCUGUAAUGGUUGUAGGGCCAUUUUUAUAAAAAAUGUAAUGGCCGCAAGUCCUAAAACUGUAUUUGGCAAAAAAUAUGCAGGCAGAGAGUCACCUCAUUAAUAUUAAACCCAAUGUAAAACAUGAUUUCUCACCCACGGGGUGAUGGACUGGUCGGAAUAACAAUCGGUGCUGAGCUGCACAGGGAGAACAGAGACGAGGCUUCAGGGAAAAGGAACGUGAACGUCCUCCAGUCAUCCAGAUAGAUCUAGAAGAUGUAGACCAUCUCUGAAGAUGGCUCUAUGUGGGAUACACGCUGAAUGCCAUCGUCCAGCCUGGUCAAAUGUGAAGAAAAAAUGUAAAAACUGUGCCUGGAGUCAAAGGAGUCGGAUGCAAAGCAGUUUUAGCUUUAUUUUUAGUAAAUGAACAAAACCGGGCUGAGAUUAGCGAGAAGUAUUUACGUUUUAACAAUUUAAUAAGUUUCAUUUCAUUUGCAUUCUCUAACGUCCAUUCUGCUGUCCCAUGUUAGUGAGGUAGUGAUGCAUUUGAACAGUAUUUUUGCUUUGGCUUAUGUGAUUUUCACCAUGACUCAUUAAGAGGAAGAUACAGUUGUUUCCAUUUCUUCCCGACAAUACGAUUCACUUGUCGUACUUCUGUGAACGAUACAUCUGCAGCCGCUGCUAAGUGUCUUUGCAGAGAAAAGCCAUGUCCUGACACACACACUCAGACCUCACACACAGUAUUCGGGUGCGAGCCGCUGAUGAACUGAUUACUGCCUCUAUCAGGCCUCGUUAUCCCCCUUCUGUCACAGAUGGUGUGCAGAGCUUCGAUUUUUUUUCUCUUUUUUUCUUAUAAAAUAGGACUGGCCCCAGAUAAUUUUGGCCAGUGAUGAUUUCUGAACGUCUCUAUUUCUGAAUUUGACUGAGAGGAAGAGGAACGAUCCCCGUUUUUAGGAUUUAACCACCAUGUAGACCACAACAAGCAGCUCUGCUUUUUCUGUUGCUGUACAGGAAGCUCUUUGUUGUAGCAUGAAAACAAUCUUUCUUUUGUGGACUGCAGUUUUUUGGGGUUUUUUGUAUUGAUGUUAAUGUUUUGUGUUGUUUUUAAGCAAAUAGCUGUGACUUAGGGUAGAGAGAAUUUCUUCAAGCGAACUAGUUUUUCAGUAAAUUUCAGCAUUUGGGGGUAAAUUAUAGACAAAAAUUGAAGCUUGUGUCUUGCCUGCAAACAAUGUGGUAGGGUUUGUUUUAUUUCCUGCUUAUUAUUUUGUGAACAUCUGCUUCCUUGUCUUCUGAGAGCAGGACGGCAGAUUUGUGUGCUUGCGUAAGUUUCUGUGAGAAGGUAAUUAGAGUGUGUCUGUUUAUGUUGUGGACACACGGAGUAAAUUGCUACCUUUGAUCGUAGAAAUGAAAUGUUUGCUCAUUUGCACUUUUAAGAACGACUCGGUCCCCGUAUGCAUAAUUUGUUUUUGCUUUGUUUUUUUUUUUAUUAUUGUGACUCACUGGCACAAAAACAAGCACCUCAGUUGUGUGUCCUAUAAACUGAUUCUUUUUCUCAACUUCUUUGGUUUGUAACCUUUUUAUUAACCUUGGUGUUGUGAUACAAUCAUUUGUGUAUCUGCUCAGUCUUGGUUUUUGCUUUUCUGGCUCAUUUCUAAGGUGGAAAUAGUGUUUGCCUGCAGCUGCUUAAAAUAAAGUGUUUUCCAUAAGAUAA